CGAAGGUCAGAUAAAACGAUUAUUACAAAAACCAUCGUAAAUGAUAACGUUAUUAAGCAAUUUUAUAAAUCUCUUCUGUUGUCGUCAACAAUUAACAUCAGUCCCAAAUUGGUCAACCAACAAACCAUGUGGGUAACAUUAUUUCUGUUGACCAGGACUUCGCCAGGAGUGUGCUUGAACCCCAGAAGAUGGAAGAGCACAAUACGUAAAAUAGACAAACUACUAAUAGCGAACAGAGGCGAAAUCGCUUGUCGAGUCAUCAGAACAGCAAAAAGAUUAGGUGUACGCACGGUUGCAGUUUACAGCGAUGCUGACGAACAAGCUCUGCACGUUUCAAUGGCUGACGAAGCUUACAAAAUUGGAUCAGCACCGGUAUCACAGAGUUACUUGAGGGGCGAUAAGCUUUUAGAAUUGGCUAAAUUGUCGCAAUGUCAAGCGAUUCACCCCGGCUACGGAUUCUUGUCGGAGAAUGUGGAGUUCGCCGAAAAAUGCCAGAGCAGCGACAUCAUCUUCAUUGGUCCCCCAGCUUCAGCCAUCAGAGACAUGGGCAUCAAAAGCACUUCCAAAGCUAUAAUGUCCCAAGCUGGCGUCCCCAUCAUCCAAGGCUACCACGGAGAAGAUCAAUCAAUACUGAAACUAAAAGAAGAAGCCCAAAGAAUAGGCUUCCCCGUCAUGAUAAAAGCCGUGCGUGGAGGUGGCGGUAAAGGUAUGCGAAUUGCCAAUUCGGAGCAAGAUUUCGAGGAAGCACUGGAGUCUGCCAAGACCGAGUCUCAAAAAGCUUUCGGCGAUUCAGUUGUUUUACUCGAAAAAUUUGUCGGUGAACCAAGACACGUAGAAGUUCAAGUCUUCGCCGACACCCACGGUAACGCAGUCCAUUUGUAUGAGAGGGACUGUUCGGUGCAAAGAAGACAUCAGAAGAUCAUUGAAGAGGCACCAGCACCAGGUUUGUCUUCAGAAUUAAGACAUGAACUGGGAAUGGCGGCUGUGCGGGCUGCAAAGGCUGUGGGUUAUGUGGGGGCUGGCACUGUUGAGUUUAUCUUGGAUAAAAACACACACGCCUUCCACUUUAUGGAGAUGAACACCAGGUUGCAAGUGGAGCAUCCCAUCACCGAGAUGAUCACCGGUACUGAUUUGGUGGAGUGGCAGAUCAAAAUAGCUUCGGGCGAAGAACUCCCAGUAAAACAAGAAGACAUACCACUAAGGGGACACGCUUUUGAAGCCAGGAUAUAUGCAGAAAACCCACGUGGUGGUUUCUUACCUGGGGCUGGACCUUUGUUGUACCUUCAGACGCCAGAAGCAUCCACUGAUGUCAGAAUAGAAACAGGUGUACGUCAAGGGGAUCAAGUGUCGGUGCAUUAUGAUCCCAUGAUUGCCAAACUGGUUGUUUGGGGUCAAGACAGAAGCGAAGCCUUGUCUAAACUAACUAGCAAGCUUUUGGAUUAUAACAUUGCUGGAUUGGAAACCAACGUAAAUUUUUUGUUGGAUUUGGCCAAACAUCCGGAAUUUGCCUCCGGAAACGUGCACACCAACUUCAUCAAGGAUCAUUUCGACAGUUUAUUCAGUGAUGACACGCCAAGCAAUGUUCAAAUUAUUCAAGCUGCUUUAGCUAAAGAACUUAAAGAUAAAGAGAAGGAUUUACAGAAGGCACGACAGACCAACGAUCAAUAUAACCCAUUUGUUUUAGAAUCUUGUUUCAGAGUCAACCACAAAUUAGUACGCGAUGUUAAGUUAUCAUUUAAAGAUGUUGAGCAUGUUGUAAAGAUAAAAAAUACAGAUGUCGAUAGUUAUGAAGUAUCUUUGGAUGGUGGUAAAACUUGGAGCUCCGUCAGUGGUGAAUUGGUACUUCAAGAUGGCAGAGACGUUUUAAAAGCCACCAUAAAUGGAAUAAAGAGUAAAGUCACUGUGUUUAAUGAUGAAACCACUCUUUCAGUUUUCCAUGACAAGGGAAAGACGGAAUUUUCUUUGUAUCAACCGAAAUUCAUCACCGAACAAGACACAGAAUCCUCCGGGGGUGCCCUGAACAAAGCGGUGACACCAAUGCCUGGAGUUCUGGAUAAACUCCUGGUGAAGGCUGGAGAUUUGGUGAAAAAGGGUGAUUCUUUGUUCGUUUUGAUCGCCAUGAAGAUGGAGUAUGUCGUGAAGGCUAACAGAGACGCCAAAGUUGCCAGUGUGAAUUUUAAAGUUGGUGAUAACGUCCCAAAGGACGCAACCGUUGUUCAGUUUGAAGAGGACGAACAAAAAUAAUCUCAUUUCUGAUGUAUUUGAUUUUUAUCUUGAAUAUAUUUUUAUAUAGUA